AUGAGAGCCUUCACGAUCAUCUUGUUUUGCGUCGGAGCGCUCGCCUCCGCAUCAUCAGCCCCAAUCAAUCAAAACUCGCCCCAAAGAGCAGAAUACAACUACGACUAUGAAGGCGAUAAUACAAACCAAGCCAAAGACCCAGCGGAAGCUGCAAGCCAUUAUGACUCUUAUAUCCAGGACGUUAAGGCAGCAGCUAACGGGGGUGGUGGAAAGAAGGGCUUCAGCAGAGGCAGUGGCUUACGAACGAUAGCCGUGGGAUCAGCUAAUCAAGCGAAAACAGCGCUUGGAAACCAGCAGGCCGCGGCAUACCAAGCGGCGUAUGUAGCUAAGAAUACUUUAGCUCAAUCCGCUGCCCAGGCGAGUGCUACAGCGCAGGCAGCGCUGGCCGGGAAGCAGGUUAUACUGUCUGGUCUGGAACAACAAGUGAGGGACGCGAAGGUUGGACUUCAAGGAGAGGAGAUGCAGCUCCAGCAGGCGAAGAGAGCGGCACAGUCCGCAGCACAAGCAGCGCAACAAGCGAUGCACCAGGUGAACGUGAUCCAAGCAGCGUUAAACGCAGCUCAAGCUACAUCAGAAAAUGCGAAUGAGGCAGCGUCUCAAGCUGCAGGAGAGCUUGGAGCUCAAACAGCCAUGGUGGGUGCAGCACGACAGAGACUGUCAACACUUCAGGAACAACUCAAAGGAGUCAGAAUCGACUUCGAGGCCACUCAAGCUGCUGCUAGGAAGGCUCAGGCGGCUGCUCAACAAGCUCAAGCGAAUGCCGCUGAUGCUGCAGCGAAGGCUGCCGCUGCCGGCCUGGCUGCCAACAAGCCCGACGCCUCACACGAAGGAUUCGGUCCCAACCAGGAUCCAGUCACCUUGCACGCAACCCGAAGAUCCAAACCCAUCCAAAACAUCAAAACCUUCACACUUAACCUCGCACAGAAUCCAGGCCAAUGGCACAAACAGGAACAACCAAUACAGUUCCGGUCAUUGAACCAUGAACCGUUAAAAAUAUCAAAAACUAAAACGAUAAAACUGUUAGAUUCUGAAUCAUUUGAAAAGUUCCCAAGCUUUGCUGAUGGCGGUUAUGUUUUAAAUUCUGAACCUGAAUUUAAGUGGUAG